UCAAAUUAAAAAAAUCACUGGAAAUACUCAGAUUUGGUAGCAACUGUGAGAGAAAAAGUAGAACAUCAGUUGGAUGACUUGUCAUUGCAACCAUUUUAAAUACUUUUUACUUCAGAUAAUUUGUAGUACUUUGAUUUGGCUGAAAUAUAAAAGUUUUACGUUGUGCUGCGUGAAUUAUUUACAGCUUUAAGAACUGGCACUUUCGAUGUCCACAAUAAAUAUGUGAGAAAUUUAGAGUAUGCACAUGUGCAGUUACACUCAGAAGUCCAAAAGUUUCUACAGAGGGACUAUGCUUGACUCACACUGCUCCAGGAUGUGUGGAUAGGCAUGACUCUGACUGUGAGCAGCACACACAGAGGAACUCAGCAAGAUAGUAUCUAUGAAGGGUCAACAUUUUGUGCAGUGACCCUUCAUCAGGACUCUGAAUGUGAUACACUUUAGUUCAAGUUCUGUCUAAAUGGUUGAACUUCAUUCUCACCAAACAAUUGAUACUAGAGAGUACAAUCAUCACAGCAAUAUUUGAUUCUGCGCUUCGUGCUUUUCUGGAUACUUGCAAAGUGCAGAACGGUGGCAAGUUGAACGGCAUCAGAACCUCAGCGUCGCCUCAGUGAAUUGCCGAGAGGAAGAUUUUUCAGAUUCAGAAGUAAACCUGGACCAGAUCGUGUACAACACUCAACCAAACUGCAAUAGAUUAAGAAUGUCCAACAAAGCGACAAUAGCAUUCAUGGUUGUGUAUGGAAUCAUAAUGCAUUGCAAUGUCUACUGUGCACCGACCGGAAUGGAGUACCCGGGACUCAGGGACGAAGAUGAGGCAUAUGAUGAAAAAGGAAACUCACUACCCGAUUUGACCUAUGAAACUGAUGGAAAUGGCAUCCGAACUCCUUCAUCGAUGAUUUAUGACCAAAAAACGUUAUACAAUCUGCCGGAGAAAAGAACGGGGAGAAGUGCUGACAUGAUGUUUAAUAAACAGCUAAGCAACGCUUUGACAAGCGGAUAUGUAAGAGACUUUCUAAAGUCACACUUUAUGAAAAAACGCGAUGGUGGCAGCAAUGUUGAGAAGGAUACGGAACCCUUGUCAAAGCGACAUUCCGAUGGCAUCUUUACCGACAGCUACAGCCGCUACAGGAAACAGAUGGCUGUCAAGAAAUACCUGGCAGCUGUCCUGGGGAAAAGCCCUGAAGAUAUUAAUAUUCUCCAAAUUUUCGAGGACAUAUUCUUUGAUGCCCUGCUUAGUCUGCUUGAAUGGGUUUAUGGUAUUGGUUUGGGAGAAUUGCUGCAGCAGAUGCCCUUGUCGGCAAAUUGACCCAGCAGGAUGCAGCUUGCAGCUUUGGUGCCUUGAUUCGUCAUUUAUAUCGACAUGAAUUACGAGGGUUUAUUUUUUUCUUUUUCUUUUAAAAGCGGCCCUACAUUGCUGCAACACAUCAGCUUACAUUUGAGACUCUUACAGUUCGCGGAUCUUGUGGUAUUUCGUUGCAAAGUUGUGUUGAGUCGGUGAUUUCUGUACCUCACUAAGUGUGGUGUUCAGCCUGUGAGACUACUAAUUAUUCUAAACACUUCAAUAAAAUGUUCUGCUUCGUUAAUGUUCGCGUGACCAAACCACCUUAUGUAUAAUUAUAGGGACACGAGAUGCCUUACUAAACUUUA